CCAUCAUAUACCCAUAAACCAAAAACGAUCUGGUCCUGUCUGGAAACAGCAGUCCUCGUGUUCUCCCCCUCGAGGUCUUUUCUUUUCCCGUCUUUUCCUUUUCGUUUUCCUCUCUUCCUCUCACGUCUCCUUUGGUUACUGGUUUCGGUUUCCUCCGUCUCGGAUUUUCUCUCGGCUUGUGUCAUCCGCUUUCUUCGUUCUUCGGCACUUUCUUCACGACCAGUACUCGAUUAGACCCCCCAGCCAUAACGACAACACAAAUUCACACCAACAAACAGCAGCCACCAUGAAGUUCUCCGCCCUCACCACCGUCCUGGCAGCAGCCGUCGCCGUCAAUGCCGCCCCGACGUGGCCCAAGAUCAGCCCCGCGGCCCUCAGCAGCGGCGGCCUCGAGCACGUCUCGGCCUACUUUAACCUCCUGGCCGACAAGAUCUCCCAGGGCGGCGGCCCCGCCGGGCUCGGCGGACCCAACAGCCCCGCGGCCGCCGCCCCGUCGUGCGACCUGUCCCGGGCCGUGCUUCCCCAGGCUCCCGUGAACCCCCUCGAGCCGCCCUCACCGGGGCUCGUGCUCAAGCACGUCGCCGUGGGCCGCGGCACGCAGAACUACACCUGCGACACGUCCAACCCGGGCGCCGCGCCCGUCGCCAACGGCGCCAUGGCGACCCUCUUCAACGCCUCGUGCGUCGCCGCCUCGUACCCGGACGUCGCCGGCAAGCUCGCCGCCCUGUCCCUGCAGUUCCCCCUGUCCGCGUUCCCCACGUCCGACGACGAGACGGUCCGCAUGGGGCCCUCGAACCUGCUCGUCUCGGGCAAGCACUUCUUCCUCGACGGCAAGACCCCUUACUUCAACCUCGACACCAAGAACUUUGGCCAGGUCGGCCACGCCACCUUUUCCAAAAAGUCGGGCACCGACGCCCCCUCCAACGCGCCCACCGGCCUCCAGGGCGAAAAGGCCGUCGCCUGGCUCAAGCUCGUCGCCGGCGGGUCGGACGCCGUCAAGAUCGCCGCCACCGGCGGUCUCCAGGAGGUCUACCGCGUCGAGACGGCCGGCGGCAGCCCGCCCGCGACAUGUCAGGGCAUGGCCCCUACGUUUGAGGUCGAAUAUGCCACACAAUACUGGUUCUAUGCCAAGCCAUAAGUUGGCAGUUGGGCUCUGUAGUCGUCGUUUUCUGUUAUGGGCGGUCUUCUUUUUCUUUUCACGAGUACUUUUCGUCCACCGUACGGCUAAUCAAUUUCAAUGCCAAUCUUUCUUCAAA